AUGCUUUUUCUGGAGCGCCCGUGUGCCAUGAAUCCGGAGCGCAACAAGAGAGGAGAGCACGCUUUACCUCAGGGCCCCGACAUGGAGGCCCGUGCCGCGGGGAAGGUGGCCAAGAUGUCCGUGGGCUUUCAGAGGAGCUCCACCUCAGACGACGACUCCGGAUGUGCAUUGGAGGAGUAUGCCUGGGUGCCACCGGGACUCAGGCCCGAGCAGGUUCAGAUGUAUUUCUCCUGCCUGCCGGAAGACAAAGUGCCUUACGUCAACAGCCCGGGGGAGAAGCACAGGAUUCGGCAGCUCCUCUACCAGCUUCCACCGCACGACAACGAGGUGCGGUAUUGCCACUCUCUAACAGAGGAAGAAAAGAGGGAGCUCCACAUGUUCAGUACCCAGAGGAAGAGGGAAGCAUUGGGGCGUGGAACACCCAAGAUCCUCCCUAGAGCUUUGCAACACACCCGCUGUGAAAGUUGUCGUGGUGGCAUAAAUGGUGGAGAGAUGGCUAUCUUUGCCUCCAGAGCCGGGCCCAGCCCCUGCUGGCACCCAGCAUGCUUUGUUUGCACCACGUGCCAAGAACUUCUGGUGGAUCUGAUCUAUUUCUACCAGAAUGAUAAGAUCCUCUGUGGAAGACAUCACGCCGAGCUUCUCAAGCCAAGAUGCUCUUCAUGCGACGAGAUUAUCUUUGCAGAUGAGUGCACAGAAGCAGAGGGCCGUCACUGGCACAUGAAGCACUUUGCCUGCUUUGAGUGUGGGACGAUGCUGGGCGGACAGCGGUACAUCAUGAAAGAUGGACGACCUUAUUGCUGUGGAUGCUUUGAGUCCCUCUACGCAGAGUACUGUGAGGCCUGUGGUGAAAACAUCGGUGUGGACCAUGCCCAGAUGACGUAUGAGGGGGUACACUGGCAUGCCACAGAUCAGUGCUUCUGUUGCACCCAGUGUAAGACAUCCCUGCUGGGUUGUCCCUUCUUGCCCAAGCAAGGCCGCAUCUACUGCUCAAAGGCUUGCAGCCAGGGGGAGGAUAUUCACGCCUCAGACUCCUCUGAUUCGGCAUUCCAGUCGGCCCGCUCGCGCGAGUCCAGGCGCAGUGUGCGCAUGGGGAAGAGCAGCAGGCCGGCUGAACAGUGGAGGCAGUCGCAGCUCUUUAACCCUCCCGCCACUGUUCCCUCCUACGAGCACGAGUUCGGGGACUGUGAGGGUAACGGCGAUGCCGAUGGCGACAUUGAUAUUGUAGGGCGCAAGCUGGCCCGUCUCGGCCUAGAGGAGGAGAGGUUCUGGAGGGAGCGAGAGGAGCAGGAUGCCGGGGGAGAGGAGGAUCCAGAAGAGUGGGCCCAGCAUGAGGAUUACAUGACCCAGCUCUUGCUCAAAUUUGGUGACCACGGAAUGCUACCACAACUUCAGCAGACCUCUUUAAAACCACACAGCCCUAUCAGUGACAGAAACAGGGCACAGAGUGUCUCUGAUCCCUGGAUAAAGCCCGAUUCCACAUCUCUAGGGAUUAACACCUCUCCCCCCACCCCAGCCAGUCCCACCCAGAGCCAGAUUUCCUCUCAGUCCAGAGCCAACAGCCUCAGCCCAGGGUUGAUAGACAAGAAGCACCUGCCUGAAAUGUAUUGGGCCCAGUCACAGGAUGGGCUUGGAGACUCAGCCUAUGGAAGCCAUCCAGGUCCUGCCAGUGCGAGGAAGAUCCAAGAGCUGGAGUUGGACCAGGAUCAGGAGCAGUCUGGAGCCGAAAGGCAGACUUUCUGGCCGGACACCAGGCAAUGGUAUGAAGACUCGCUUGAGUGCAUCGCCGAUGAGCUGAGAAGGAUUGAGAAGGGUGUUGGAGAUUCCAUGGACUCCCUGGCACUCUCAAAUAUCACCGGGGCUUCAGUGGACGGAGACGGCAGGGAAAGACCAGUCAUGUACACACUUCAUGCCAUGCAGGAUCGCUCGGUGGCAGAUGACUGUGAAAAGACGAGCAACAUGGGAACGUUUAAUUCCUCUCAUCUUCACCACAGUGCCAACUCUCUCAACCUCAACAUGGACAAAGGAGUUGAGGGGGCAGAGAAGGAGAUGGCGCUCGCAAUAAGGGGGCCCACACCGGGAGGACUUCACUCAUUGUCUCCCCAUUCAGAGGCCCUCUCUCCGUCCUUUGCCCAAGCUCCAGCUCUGAGAAGGAGCCGCUCGCAGUCCAGGCCACCUCAGAUGGUCAAGUUCUCAGAAGACACUGUGGACAAUGGAUAUAACGGCGACUUGGAAAUCAACAUUGCAAAGCAUCCCAUGAGUGAAAAACCUCAGAGGAGGGCUUACUGCCCAGAGGAAAUGGGCAGAGAGAGGAGCUGUUCGGCGAGCCACCACGGGCGCCACAGGCAGCGCCACCACCGGCAGGGCCGCCGUCACAGGAGCCGCAAAACCCGCUCAGACAAUGCCCUGCACAUGGUGCCAAUGGAAAGAGCACAGAGGCUCUUUGAGCCCCCGCAGCAGGGUUUGGUAAACCCCCAGUUCGGUCCCACGCGCCCACAGCAACGCACGCAUGUUUUGCCACUGGCCUACACCCAAACCCGAUCUGACUAUAUGCUCCGGAGCUCCAUGCAAAACGACCCUCGGGUCGAACACGUCAUGGGUUUCUACAAAGAUGAAGACGAUUGGUGCUCCACAUGCUCCUCCUCGUCGUCAGACUCUGAGGAGGAGGGAUAUUUCCUGGGCCAACCUAUCCCUCAGCCAAGACCUCCUGGGCGCUACUAUGCAGAAGACUACCCAACAAGGGUCACCGCCCUCUCCCCUCAGAGCCAUGGCUCACAGGCUUGUCGCCGAAAGGGCCACCGGUCCAAAAACUGUAUUAUUUCUUAACAAUGCAGUAUAUUGGUGUAAUAUGCACUACAGCCAGAGUUUUCUGUCCAUUUCUAUGAUGGUGACACAGACCAAACAGAUUUUUAGAGAGGCAGCACUAACUAAGGGUGCGUGGCCAUGUCAAGACGCAUAUCAUGUGGCCAAAGGGACACAACGUAAUUGAGUUGUAAAAAUUAGGACAGAAAUGAAAAUGGAUCUGUGCUACACGAGGACAGAAAAUAACUUUUUGCACAUGUUAGAGGUUAGCCAGACUGAAAUGAUGUACAUUAAGCCCCUAUUUUAAAUUUCCACUUUUUUUUUCUUCAAAAUGAUUCAUUCUCAGUUCAAUCUUUUGCAUUGGUAGAUUUGUGCAUUAAAAAAAGUUUAAAAGUUGUUGUACAGAGGUUGGUAAUUCAAGUAGGAAAUAGAAACUAACCAAAUAAUUAUUUAAUGCAUAAUGGCACAAAAUUGAAAUGUAUAUACUAAGUUAAGAUUUUAAUACUGGUAUUUUUCUAUAUCCACAAAGGUUUUGUUUGAAGUGUUUGAUUUAGAAACAAGUAGUUAUGGAUAGAAAACCUUGUUAAUAUUUGAGAAACAACAAAGCAGGUGCCACUUCAUUCACAGUUAAGUGCCAGAUUACUGUAUUUCUGAUAAUGUUCCGCAUUGAUAUUGUUGUAUAAACCAACAGGCUGAAGCACCUCUAUUUUCCCCUCUUCUCUACAGACAUAACCAUAAAAAUGCUUUGUGAUGUAAAGUUGCUUGUAAUAAAAACUUUUUUUCUCCAAAACUUUAA